GGUUUCCUCUGGUCAGAAACAGAAGCUUGACCUUACUGACGUCGAUCCAUUGCUUUCUCUUCCGAAGAUUCGCUCGACUUCUCAGUCGAAUACGAUAAAAGAACUUGCGGGGCUCUUUGGUCCCGAGGAAGAUUCCGGCGACGAGUUUGAGCAGCUAGCACUCGAAUCUGCGAAAAAACCAGCUCCAGCCCCCGUCAAGAAAGACGAUUUGGAUGAGGAGGAUUUCUUUGCGCAAAUUUCUGGAAUUCGACCUGGAAUAGUCCCGACAGAAGAGGAAGUAGAAGAAGAUCCUUUCGACACGAACAUUGUCGUUGGACUGAUCAAAACGGAUGAACAUAGUGGCCCAGAGAAUACUUCGACAGACAUCGACGUUGCGGCAGACGAGGAAAUAGAUCCAUUUGACACGGGUUGCGCCGCUGAAUUCGUCUCGCAAGUUUCGAAUGAAACAGUCGUGAUUAAGGACCCGUUUGAAACUGAAGCGAUUGUGGAUACGUGCUGUUUGGCGAUAAAGGUUAACGAUGUUGUUGCGACGACGCCUGAGCCCGAAAUUCAAGAAGAUCAGCUUGAUCCAUUCGACACGAGUGUCGUCAAGGACUUGAACAUUCCCAGCCAUGACCCAGUGACCCAGGAUCCUUUCGAAACAUACAGUGAAUCCUUCCAGAUAGCAGUUGGGCUUGCGCCUGAUGCUUUGGACAUACACGUGUUAACCCCGAUCACCGACGGUGUCGAGCCCAUUGUCCCAGCUGAAAAGGUAGAAGACAAGUCUGCUGACAUAAUUUCCAUCCUUGACCCGCUGGAAGCGAAUCCUUGCGUUGACGAGCUCUGCAAGCCGAAGGGUAUCUCGAAAGAAGUUUUACAGUUGCUGCAAGAAGCUGAGAAGAAAAAGGACCCGUUUCUGGUCGGCCCAGAUCCCUUCAACACUGACGUGGUGAUUCAAGACCUAGGUUUGCCCGAUCACAGCUCAAAGGGUCUCGAUCUUUUGGGGGAAUCUGAGAAAAGCAUCCCAAUCUGUGCUCCUGUUUUGGCCCCGGAACCCGCCGAGGAAAUCGAUCCCUUUGACACGACGUGCAUCGACUAUUGAUCAAUCUAGUUUUGGCUUCCAGUUGUUCCGAGUCGUUCUUUUCACGAUGGCGAAUAAUCCAUUUUUGAUGGACGACAUGAUGGGAGGAUUCGGAGAUGCCUCGAACCCGUUCCUGUCCGGCAUGUCGACCUUCGAGUCUGAAGUGCUGGACAUUCCGGAUGCAUGCAAUUACAACCAGGAUCUGAAUCCCUUCCUUUCCAUCAUCGAUGAUGUUGGAUCAAACUUUGUUCAGGUUUCGCAAAACGAGUCCUCGUUAUGUCCUUCAGUGCCCACGCUCAAGAUCCAAACAACGAAUGACUCGCCCAGUUCUGCCAACGGUGCCAAAGAUCUGAUCCUCAGUGUCACUUCUCACAUGGACAGUGCGUCUGCUGCUUUGCUGAACCAGAUGCAAAUUGCCAAAACGCCGAUUCCCUCGCCGGAUGCGGAACUACAUGCAGCUCUUUCAAGAGACAGUCCGGAAUACGGUGUUAGCCCUGAUUCUGCCGUCGUGCCGGAAUUUCAGAAGUCAUCAUUCAACCCUUUUGCGUGCUUCAUGGAGGAACCUGCUUCCCAACAACAAACAGAAACAUUUACGGGCUUACCGUCAACAGGAACGAAUGAAUUUGGAUCAUGCAUAGCGUCGGAAAUAUCUAAACCCGAAGGAAGUGAUGCGCUUCUCGUGGAUCUCUUGGGAGAUUUCAUGUCCGGAGAAGAUCUUCCUUCGUGUUCACCACUGAUGCCAACAAAGAGCAGUUUAUUGGAUGGUGACAUUGGACUGUCUGAUUUACCUACUCCUUUCAUUGCAACGGAAGUUUCAGUAAAGGCGGAGAGUCCUGAGGUGACAAAGCCGGAAAUUGUGCCUGUGGUGGAGACCCAACCCCCGACGAAAGUGACGCCUCAUGUCGCGAGGCCGCCGCCGCCAAAACCGCCUCCACCCCACAGACCACCUCGCCCUGCUGCCCCGGUGACUCCGGAGGCGCCGAAAAUUUUGGAAAUGCCUAGCCCAGUUGUCCCAGAUGAGGUGCUUUCUCCGAAAAAACCUGGAUCAGCGUUGAGUUCGAAUCGCGCCUCACCCGUGGCGUCCCCGGAAAUCCCCGUGGUUUCGUCGAUGCCGAGUAUUUUGAACGAACCCACAACUGUUAGCCUUCCGAGUCAAGACUUUGAGGAGAUGCAGAUGCAUAUGGGAAGUGGAAUGAAUUCCGAGCGGAUGAAGUCGGCCGUUGGUAAUUUUCUGGAUGACGAACCGUCGCCUGUGAAUGAACAGCACGACUUUCAUUCUGCGCCGAUGGUCGAUUUUACAACUGUUCAAAGAGAACCCAUGGUUGCACCAGGACCGGAAGUUGCGAUCGGGCGCCCAACACCUGCUCCCAAGAUGGAUCCAGUUGGGUUAUCCGGGUCCAUAUUUUCAGUGCCUGCUCCGCCUGUUAAGAUUCAAAUGCAAGAAAGUCAAGACUUCGACGCUUUUGCUUCUCGAUUUGAAAAUGCCACAACGGGAAAUUCAGCGAAUUUUAUCGCGGAUCCCUUUGGAGGAGCAUUUGGCGAAUCCUUGAUGUCUUUGGACGCGGAAACGCACGGGUUUGAGACUGGAGACGCUUCGGCUGACGCAUUUCUUGCCUUGACAGAACCUCCGCCUGCCCCGAGAGGCACCCCAAUGCAUGGCCCUUCGGAAAACGCGAGAUUACAAGGAUAUGAAUCAUCAGCAUCUCAAUACGAUGGCUUGUCACCGAUUAUUCCAAUGACAUUGCCGGGUCUGCGUUCAAGCGCAGCAGACUUGGACUCACCAGAAGCCACUGGUGAAGUUCAAGUCUUCAAAAAUCCGUUUCUCGCUGGCGUCACCCCGGUCGAUAAUGACGAUGCUGGACGGUCGGGUGAUUCUAAGGCAUCCACUCCGCUUUUUGAGUUGGAUCAAUCGGAGCCCUUGCAACCGUUUCCCAGAACUACUUGGGAAGAUGGAGUGGAGUUUAUAUCGUGGGACAUGCAGAUGCGUCAUCCAUUGAAGAAGAAACUCACUGGACAACGUUUCUGGAAGAAAAUAUUUGUUAAACUUACACAAAGCGGGAAUAUACAGGUUUUCAAUGACAAGAACGACAAAGAACCGGUACAAGAACUGCCUCUGCAGCCGUCUUAUUGCGUGUCUGAAAUAGCUGCCCAACAGUUGGACCAGUUCGGGAAAAUAUUCACGUUGAAAGUCCAGUACGUGUAUUACAAGGAACGUCCCGGAGUGAGACCGGGCCAGGUGUCCAAGGCGGAGCGGUUAACGUCCCGUCUGUCCCAGUUUGCAUCUUACGCCAUCGCGGGUGAUCUCGCUGGCGUGAAAGAAUUCGGUUCAGACAUCAAAAAGCUAGGGAUCCCAAUCGAACACACACCUCAGAUAUCGGAGCUGCUGAAGUUAGGCUCAAAUUCCUACGAGGACCUAAAGAUGUUCUCAUUCCUUGUUGAGGAGCAAUUAUUUAAACUUCCGUUGCAUCGAGACAGAAGCCUGACUUACAAGCAGGAGGAAAUACAAGUUACGCUUGUGGACGAAGUUUAUAUAGAGCAGGAGCUCAUGGGACAUGUUACAUGCAACAUUGCUCGAGUUCGAGUUUUCUUCUUGGCGUUUCUUUCCGGAAUGCCGGAAAUUGAACUGGGACUCAACGACUUGGACAGGCAAGGGAAAGAAGUUGUUGGUCGACACGAUAUUCUCCCGAUUGUGACUGAGGAGUGGAUUAGAUUGGAGGAUGUGGAAUUUCAUUCUUGCGUUCAGGAGGAUGCUUUCCAUGAGUCCAAAAGCAUCAAGUUCAUUCCGCCUGAUGCCACAUACAUCGAAUUAUUGAGGUUCCGAGUGAGACCUCCUAAGAACAGAGAGUUGCCGCUUCAAGUUGAAAUCCGAUCUGACGUAUUGGUCCCGGGCUCCUCUGGUCGGAAAAUGGGGCCGGUUCCAUGCGAAGAUGUAGCUAUACGUUUCCCUAUCCCUGAGUGUUGGAUAUACAUGUUCCGCACGGAGAAGCAUUUCCGCUACGGGUCGGUCAAAUCCGCACAUCGUAGACAUGGCAAAGUGAAGGGCCUGGAGCGAUUUCUGGGCACCGUCGAAACUAUGGAACAAGCCAUGAUGGAGGUGUCCUCUGGUCAGGCCAAAUACGAGCAUCAUCACAAAGCCAUUGUUUGGCGAAUGAGCCGACUUCCUAAAGAAGGCCAAGGUGCGUACACGAGCCAUACAUUCGUUUGUCGCCUCAACUUGACCACUUACGACUCGCUCCCGGAACACAUGGAAAGGUACUGUUUUGUCGAGUUCACAAUGCCUGCCACAACAGUGUCACAUUGCGUGGCCCGGUCCGUGUCUUGCAACUUGGACGAGCCGCCCGAAAAGUACGUCAAGUACUUGUCACGCCAGGAAUACAAGGUCGCCGUUGAGUUCACUCAGGGCCAGGAAGUUGCAUCGUAUUUGGCCGCCACUAGUGUGCCCUCCAACACGAGGCCAGUUUCGCCUGCCUUGUCUGCUACUGCCAACAGCGAGACGAAAGGCGAGGGGGAUUCGUCCGAUUCGGAUUAAGAACCGGAAAAAGUGCACGAUCCGAUCAUCAUUUUUUAGCGCGACGUUAUUCACAGAAAUGUUGAGGUAACUCAUAGAUUGAUUGCGGCUUUGAUUGUUGCGAAGGGACUGAAAUAUGCGGUGCUGAGAGAGACGCAGUGACAGUUUUUGACCUACGACGCGUAUUUCAGUGGACCUCAUUGUAUACAGUAUUUAGGAGUCGUGGGUGAAAGAGGAAAUUUCAGGAAGAUACCGAUCUUGGUAACUAGUUGAUCUCAUAAACGAGCAGCAAUUUUUUUUUUCCAGUGAUUCAUGGCUUAAGUAAGAAUCUCGUGAGCUCAUAUGCGGAUUGAUCUCGAAAAAGCUCAGUGCAUUAGUGACAGUUGCAUUACCAGAAAAAGUUUGUGAUUCCAUGCGCAAUUCCUAUCGAUCUCGCUCUUAUCGGAAAUCGUGAUUUUUGUUGUCAAAUAUUUUGUUUCGUUUUGCGCUUUCUCGGAAACGUUUAUCCCGUAACAGUCGAGAAUACGUUCAUUACAUUCCAAAUACAGUGAGUCAUGGUUCCUCUUGUGGCGAUUUGAAAGCAUUUCAGGUUUUGCUUGAACACCCGAGAAGGGAGAAAAAAGUAGAGCUUAACGUUUCAGUCUUCAGUCCGCUCAUUUGAACUCGCUUCAAUUCAGUGCCGGGGAUGAGGGGCGUCCAAUUUCAAGUGAGCCGAUCCGUCUUUCUUCAAUUUCUGACAUCUGAGUGGAAUCUUGGAAAAGAGGGAAAGAAACGGUUUGCUCGUGUCUACAUGGUUAAAAUGUUGCAUGCGGUUACGAGAAUAUAAUUCUUGUUGGGUUUCUUUUUUCGGGUGUGGUUAGAGAGAGAGAGGGGGGUGUUGAGGACGAGGAGCAAGAUACGAAAGUGUAAAUGUCCACAGUAUGUUCAGCGUAGCUUAUUCAAAGCAGCGGAAAUCGAAAUUUGGGCAGUGAGAUUAUAACUAUGUAUAAAAAAAAACAGGUUAUCCAGGUUGACGAAAUUGUCAUUCAGCAUUUUAAAAACCAUUUAAUUUAAUUCGGUGUCACUCCAGUGUCAGGCUUCUAGUUCGCUGAACCCAGUUUCGUGUAUCUUGAUGUCAGCACUGGUGCGAUCGGAAUUUGUUGGCUUACUAUACGCCAGAUCUUCAAUUAAAGAGAUUUCAUGUGAUGGCUA